AUGGUUGCUCUCUUCUCAUGCUCUGUGUGCAGUGCAAACAGAAUUCCGGGGAAUCACUCCGACCAAUUCGCUCUGUUGGAAUUCAAGGCCGCGUUACAUGAUCCCCUCGGUGUUUUGGACUCGUGGAACACCACCAUCCAUUUCUGUCAGUGGUACGGAGUUGCUUGCGGCAAAAGGCACCAGAGGGUCACAUCUUUGGACUUGCAAUCGCAAAAGUUGGGAGGAAUUAUAUCCCCCAGUAUUGGAAACCUCACAUUCCUGAGGGUCCUCAACCUCCAAAACAAUAGUUUCCACUUAAGGAUUCCUCCCGAAGUUGGUCAUCUAUAUAGACUACGAGUUUUGCUCUUUAAUAACAACUCGUUGGAUGGACCGAUUCCUCCAAGUUUGUCUCGUUGCUUCAAUCUCAUUACACUUUGCGUCCAUGUCAACAUGCUUGAAGGGAAUUUACCUGCAGAGCUUAGCUCCUUGUCGAAGCUCAAAGAGCUUCGUUUGGACAUGAAUGCUUUGAGUGGGCCAAUCCCUAGUUCUUAUGGAAAUUUGUCAUCUCUCGAGGAUCUCCGCGCAUCACGAAAUGAACUCGUUGGCAUGAUUCCAGAUACAUUGGGCAGCUUGCAAAACCUAAAAGUUCUUGCUCUCGGGGAUAAUAAUUUCGUUGGGACCAUUCCUGUAUCGAUAUUCAAUAUCUCAUCCCUAGAAGUCCUUGAUGUUGCCAAAAACCAUCUGGUGGGGAGCUUACCAUCAGACUUGGGCUUCACUCUUCCAACCCUCCAAUUUCUCUCCUUAGCCGUGAACCAUUUCACAGGACCUAUUCCCAAAUCACUAUCCAAUUUGUCUGACCUCUCGUUAUUUAAUAUUAAUCUAAAUAAUUUCACUGGGGAGGUUCCAUCUUUCCAAAAAAUGAAUGAGCUUCGUGCUAUGGCCAUUGGGGACAAUCAUCUUGGUGGUCGGCAAGUUGGUGAUCUCAACUUCCUUUGCACAUUGACAAACUCUACAAAGCUAGAGAUAUUACAGUUUAAAGUCAACAAAUUUGAAGGAAACAUACCCGAAUGCAUCUCUAACCUGUCGAUAACUCUCCAGCUUUUCUCUUCUUGCGACAACAUGAUAUCCGGAGGCUUACCAGGUACCAUUGGCAAUCUCAUAAACUUAGAAUUGUUUGAAGUGGUUGGGAACAACAUUUCUGGUAACAUUCCUUCUGAAAUCGGCAAUCUCGCAAGGCUAAAGCAAUUGGAUCUAAGCUUGAAUGAAUUCUCUGAAGAAAUCCCACACACCGUGGGAAAUUUGUCGAUGUUGACCUACUUGAAUUUGGCAAGCAAUAGUCUUCAAGGAGCAAUACCUUCAUCUCUAAGCAAGUGUCGGAGUUUAUUACUUCUCGACCUUGCCGAUAACAAACUUAGUGGGGCCAUACCUCCUGAAAUUAUGGAAAUCUCAUCUUUGUCGAUAUACGCAGACUUCUCUGGCAAUAAUCUGACAGGCAAGCUUCCUCUGGAGGUUGGGAAUCUGAAAAAUCUGGGCGCAUUAUAUCUGGAAGAGAAUAGAAUCUCUGGAGAAAUCCCUGGUAAUCUUGGAAGCUGUAUAAUGAUGGAGAUUCUUUACAUGCAGGACAACCUUUUUGAAGGUUCGAUUCCGUCCUCGUUGAGUAACUUAAAAGGGAUUCAAGAACUGAACUUAUCAAAAAAUAUGUUGUAUGGGCAAAUUCCAAAAUUCCUUGAGGACCUAAAUCUGACGAGUUUAGGUCUCGCAUUCAAUGAAUUUGAGGGCGCAGUGCCAACAGGAGGAGUUUUCAGGAAUGCAAGUGCAACCUCUCUCAUCGGAAAUAAGGAUCUCUGCGGGGGCUUGGCUGAAUUCCGGCUACCCAAAUGCAACACUGAAGAACCGAGGAGGGUGGGGACCAUGAGCGUCGUGAGAAUUAUCAUUAUUUCCUCAGUUUCAGGCCUUCUAGGACUGCUUUUGAUUCUAGUUUUGCUGUAUAUUCUCUGGUGUAGAAGGCAAAGUAAAACUACUGCGUCCGAGUUUUCGAGAGAUGGGCUUUUGAAGGUUUCUUACCAAAGCCUAUUGAAAGCAACUAAUGGUUUCUCUUCCAUAAAUUUGAUAGGCUCGGGAAGUUUCGGAUCAGUGUUCCGAGGUGUUUUUGAUUGGAAUCAGACGGUUGUUGCCGUGAUGGUUCUAAACCUGAUGCGGUAUGGAGCAGCCAAGAGUUUCAUUUCAGAAUGCAAGGCCUUGAGAAACAUCAGGCACAGGAAUCUCGUGAAGGUAAUCACUGCAUGUUCCGGCACUGAUUAUCAGGGAAACGAUUUCAAGGCCCUGAUUUAUGAGUUCAUGGUGAAUGGGAGUUUAGACAGAUGGCUACAUCCAGUAGUCGAGAUGAUUGAGACAGAGGAAGAGGCCCCAAGACAGUUAAAUCUUCUCCAGAGACUGAACAUCACUAUAGAUGUUGCUUCUGCUUUAGAUUAUCUCCAUAAUCAUUUUGAUGUGCCCAUAGUCCACUGUGAUCUAAAGCCAAGCAAUGUUCUACUGGACGACGAAAUGACUGCACAUGUUGGCGAUUUCGGAUUGGUCAGGUUCCUGUCUGCAGAAGCCACAAGGGAGUUAAUUGCUGAUCCAAGUAGCUCAAUCGGAGUGAAAGGAUCUAUCGGCUAUAUUGCUCCUGAAUACGGGGCAGGAGGAGAGGUUUCAACUCAUGGGGAUGUCUAUAGCUAUGGGAUUCUUGUGCUGGAGAUGUUCACAGGGAAGAGGCCAACCGAUGAGAUGUUCACGGAUGGAUUGAACCUUCAUUCCUUUGCUAUUGCAGCAUUGCCCGAACAAGUUUCUCAGGUUGUUGAUCCCUUCCUGCUUCAGGAAAGUCAAGGCGUGGAAAGCAGUCAGAACAGCGUGAGAGCAAGGAGGCAUAGCAACAGACUCCAAAAAGUUCAGGAGUGCUUGGUCUCAAUUAUCAGGCUAGGAGUUCUUUGUUCCUCCGAGUCACCCGGAGACCGCAUGAACAUCGCUGAUGUCGCAACUGCACUCCGUGUGAUUCACAAGGAGCUUCUUGAAAACUGA